AUGGAUAAAUUGGUCGCCCAGUAUACCCAGGCGCCUCAUCAGAAUGAGUUCUAUUCCGAACAAGAGCAGCAUGACCUCACCGAGAGCCUGCCCCCGAUCUCUCUGAAAUUCGACCUCCCUCCUGUGGACAACUCUCGAGCUUUCCUUCGUGCGAUGACCGAUGACCACUCCAAUCCCGACUGUCCGAUCAAGCUGGCUCACGGAACGACGACGCUGGCUUUCCGUUUCCAGGGCGGAAUUAUCGUUGCGACGGAUUCCAGAGCUUCGGCUGGUGACUGGAUUGCUAGUCAGACGGUGAAGAAGGUCAUUCCCGUUUCGCGGUUGAGCCGUGGUGAGGAUAAGCCGACGAAUGAUCCGACGCCGGGUCUUCUGGGUACUAUGGCCGGUGGUGCUGCGGAUUGUCAAUACUGGCUGAGAUACCUGAGUCAGCAAUGCACACUUCAUGAAAUCCGACACAAGCGCCGUAUCACCGUCGCCGCUGCUUCGAAGAUCCUCGCUAACCUGACAUACGCCUACAAGGGGUAUGGUCUGAGCAUGGGUACAAUAGAAACCCGGCUGACAGUUUCGUUUUUCUCAAACUUCCAGAUGACGCCCCAGGAAGGUCCCGCCCUCUACUACAUCGACUCCGACGGCACCCGACUCCCCGGUAACCUGUUCUGUGUUGGAUCCGGCCAGACCUUCGCGUACGGUGUGCUGGACGCCAACUACCGCUACGACUUGUCCGAAGAGGAGGCGCUCGAGCUCGGCCGACGAAGCAUUCUGGCCGCCAUGCACAGAGAUGCGUUCUCCGGUGGUUUCAUCAACCUGUACCACGUCAAGGAAGAGGGAUGGGUGCACCACGGCUUCGACGACAUGAACCCCAUCUUCUGGAAGACGAAGCUGGAGAAGGGCGAGUUCUCGAACGUCACGUCGGAAUUGUAA